GCUUGUCAUUGUCAUAACUGAAGCGACACAAUGUUCUGAGGGAUUUGAAGCCAGUAACUUGAAUCACUUCGGUUGUGAAAACAAUUGGCUUUUUUUAAAAAUCUCAUCAGGACAUGAUUUGAAAUUUGAAACACCAAUACCGUUGAAUCUGGUCUCAUUGAACAGUUUUGAAAGGACAGAAUUCAAAGAUAGUUGAAGGUCGCGUAAAGAACUGAAACAUUGUUAUAGGGUCAAGACACGCUGAAUGCGCUGAGCGCGGUCAGUCUUGAAAAUGACAUCGACCAAUGAUAUCAUCUUCAAAGUCGUUUUCUCUUUGAUGCUCACCAUUAAUUUACUUGGAAACUCACUGGUCAUCCAUGUGGUUCUACGAAAUCGCAGGAUGCAAACUCCAAUGAAUUACUUAUUGUCUAACCUCGCCCUGGCCGAUCUCUUGUUUGCAGUGUUCUUCAUUCCACGAAGACUAUUUAUCACUGAAUUAAAGCAGCCAGGGGGGUGGGUUGGGGACUUUUUGUGCAAAACCUUCACACAUGCCAACUUAUCGUGGGUAGCAUCAGUCGCAGCAGUGAUUACAUUGCUAUUUAUAGCAUGGGAACGAUAUGUCGCUAUAAUUCAUCCACACAGUCUCCGAGGACGCAUGACGAAAGGAAAACUGAGGAGGUUGAUCAUCUUUUCAUGGGUUGCAUCUGUUAUCUUUCUUCUGCCGGAAACGUGGGUAUUAUAUUACAAUGAACAAAUUCGAUCUUGUGCAUGGGGUUUUCCUGACUGGCUUGGAAAAGCAGACUCAGCCAUGUGGCUAUUUGUCAUCGGCUUAUUCCCGCUAGGAACCAUGGGAAUCCUCUAUGGGCGCGUGGUACGCCGAUUGUGGUUCACUACUGACCACUCAGCAAACACAGCUCAGCGCACGCUGCUUAAGUCGAGAAAAAGAGUUACCAAGGCUGUGUUGUUGGUAACUGUUGUCCUGGGAAUAUCUUGGCUUCCCAAUUUGAUUUACUACUUUCUUGAGAUGUUUCAACUAAUAAAUGACACAGCAACAAUUGAGACCAGUGUGAACUCUUCGGAGAAGUUGUUCCGCGUUGUCUCUUAUGUGUUCAUAUCUAUUAAUUCCACUGUUAAUCCUAUCAUAUAUGCUACUCAAGACAGAACGUUUCGACGUUACAUGUGGAGGACAUUGACAAACUGCUUUGGAUCUCGGAACAGGAAAGUGUCUGGAGAUCUUCAAGAGUCUCGUGCCACGGUUUCAGGAGCAGCGUUUGUUCUGAAGGGAGUCGGAAUCGAAUGCAAAAUUAAAAAUGCGGAAGAACACGAUUUAGAUUACUGCCAACAAACACAGCAGUGACUGUAGGACUGCAUAAUUAAUUUUUAACAGAAGAAAAAUAUUAAGAAACGUAACAGGUAAACUGACCAUAUCCAAUUGAUUAACACAGAUAAGAAGAUUAAUAGGUUUGAUGCAUGAUUUACCAUCAGGAUACAAUUGAGUCGCUUAUACUGAAGUGGUUCUUUAAAUUUUUCACGAACGAAGUUGUAAUUUAGUUUUAAAAAGACCUCAAAUUUUGUCUUUUUAUAAGAGAGCGCAAAAUUGUAAUUCAGUCGUACCCUAAUGAUAUCAAAUAACAGGUAGAGAAGCUUUGUUACAUAGCUAACAGCGCCUGCGGGCAAUUGAGAUUAAGUGAAUCCUGUGUUCUGAUUGGCUACCCGAGCGGACAGGAUGGGCCCAUCUUGCGCGCUCGAGAUUACCCGCUUUAAUCCCGUGCAAGAGAAAAGGUGCGUGGAACGAACUUACAGCCUUAACUUUU